CACCUUGUGGAAGACUAUCCAUCCUACAAAGCCCUUUGAAUACAAGUAGCUUGCGACGCAGUUCUGGCAUUUCAUUCUGUCAAUCCAGGACUAGAGGCAUUCAGUUGUAAGGACACGAGGAAGAGACCCAGGCAGAGACAUCGACCAUUUAUAGCGCAAUUUAGAGCUACCUGAGCGGAAUGGCUUCUAAGACACCUGCUUUACUAUUCCGCCUAAAGGCGAGCUUUAUUCUACUUUUGGGAAGUUUGGUUACCGAGGCUGCCCAAGAGCAAGGAAGUUUGUACAUGUGGAUCGAUGCCAACCAGGCUAGGAUACUAAUUGGUUUUGAAGAGGACAUUUUAAUUGUGUCAGAGGCAAAAAUGGCCCCAUUUACUCACGACUUCAAAAAAGCACAACAGAGGAUGCCAGCAAUUCCUGUCAAUAUACACCACGUGAACUUCACCUGGCAAGCAACAGGGCAGGCAGAAUAUUUUUACGAGUUCCAGACCCUUCGCUCUCUAGAUAAAGACAUCAUGGAUGAUCCAGUCGUCAACGUUCCUUUACUUGGCUCAGUGCCACACAAGGCCUCAGUGGUUCAGGUGGGCUUUCCCUGCCGAGGCGAUCAGGAUGGCGUAGCUGCCUUUGAGGUCACCAUACUGGUCAUGGAUGGCGGUGGCAACGUCAUCCUGAGGACUCCACACAAUGCCAUCUUCUUCAAAACCUGCCAGAGAGCAAAGUGUCCCGGUGGAUGUCGCAAUGGAGGCUUCUGCAAUGAAAGACACGUCUGUGAAUGCCAAGAUGGUUUCUAUGGGCCACACUGUGAGAAAGCCCUGUGCUCCCCGCGGUGUCUUAAUGGGGGCCUGUGCAUGAGCCCCGGCGUGUGCCUCUGUCCGCCCGGCUACUACGGCGCCAGCUGUGACAAAGCAAACUGCACCACCACCUGUCUAAAUGGGGGGACCUGCUUUCACCCUGGAAAGUGCAUUUGCCCCACGGGCUAUGAGGGAAGCCGUUGUGAAAUCAGUAAAUGUCACCAGCAGUGCAGAAACGGAGGCAAGUGCAUGGGGAGGAACAAGUGUAAAUGCAGCAAAGGAUUCCAUGGAGAUCUGUGCUCCAAGGCUGUCUGUGAGCCCAGCUGUGGAGCACAUGGGACGUGUGAGGAGCCCAACAGGUGCCAGUGUAAGGAGGGCUGGCAUGGACGUCACUGCAACAAGAGGUACCGAGGUGGUGCAGCCAACAGUCACCGAUCAUCCAACCCCAAGAUGAGGCCGCAUGUGGCAUCAACCAAGGAAUCCAAGGACACCACUGAUACCAGUCAGCCUGCGGAGUCCAAUUAUGUAGUAUGAGCAUUUCAACUUGCUGCUGCUGACACACACACACACACACCCUCCACACACACACACACAUACACACACAAACACACAUAGAAAAAGACGCAUGCACACACAACUCCUCACACUCCUUGAAACAGCCUCGCCCAUUGUAAGGAUUCACCAUUACCAUGGUGAUGCCAGUCUGACUCAUAGGCACCCUGUGGGAUGUUGAACCGCUGCCUCUUACCAUAAACCAUGCAGUGGGCCAGUCUUUCAUCUCCCUCUAGUAGCGCUUCCCCUUCAUUUAUGGUAAAUCCAUCUGAAAAGAGUUAGUACAGAGCUGUGCAGGUGCUGCUUUGAGACUGGUAGGGAGUUUCCUUAGGGCCUCCAAAACACAGCUUGUAGGCCCACUGGGUGAAAGCUAAAUAGGACUUACUGUUGCUAUUCUGUGGGUUCAUCCCUUGUGAUGUUUGUUGCCCUUGAGUCAAUGAGUUAGGAAGUGAAUGAGCAGCCAUGGAAUGUAUUACAUUUCAAAAGCAUUCCUUUGCUUUGCUUUUUGUCAAGUGAUCAACCAUUGUAAUUGUCUGUGUAUGACUAAUAGGCAUAUGUCUUUUUUUAUUAUUUUGUUCAAGUGUCAGAGAUGGCAUAAAUGGAGAACAUUAUGGUGUAAACCCACAUUUAUAAAUUUAACAAAAGCAAAAACACCCAGCUGAAUGACUCAAAUUACUGGCAUACAGUAGUUCCCCUUAGUUUGUCCUGAAGCCUUUUCACAUACUCCUCAAAUACUUUAAAGAGAAGCUAUGUAGUACAUACAUGCCAGAAGAGAAGAAUUCAGUUACCUGUUGCUAAUACAAAGCUCCUUUGGCAACCAGUAGGCUAGUCAUUACAUCCUGCUGGGCCUAGCUGAUGGGAUUUCUGUAAUCUUUCUUAGAAACCUCAACUCACAUAGAUACCAGUCACUUACACUGGCAAAUCUCUAUUACACAACUGCCUUAAUUUUCAGUACAAAUACUGUAGCUUGUUAGCUCUAUAUUUGUCCAGGUGAUUUUUCAGAGUAUUUAUCUUUUCAUAUAAUUUUAUGUGAAGCUGAAAUAUAUCUUGAUAGUUUCAUAUUAGAGGGCAUUGAAGAAGUACUUUGCUUACAUUAUAGUGUCAGAUAAUGAACAUUUAGUACACAAAUCUUAACAUUUGAGAUUUUCACUCCACUGUAAUUAAUGUAUAACUGA